AUGCCCUCCGGGUUCGUGGACCUGGCUGACGCGCCGAGGUAUCUGGCCCUCCGUGCCGUACGUCGACGCUGUCGCGAACACCGACUUCGGGAAGCCGUUCGCUCGAUCAACGACCUCUCCCGUGCCUCGGUCCACGGGUUCGGCAGCGUGCCAGCCCGUGGCUCCACCAAGCCCGGCGAGCCCUCCGCCACGCAGGCCAGUUGCCUCGCCCACUUGCGUCGCAACAUCGGCCGGCACGGCCCACGGCCGCCUGGGCUCACACCUCGCGGGGCCCUUCAGGAGCUCCUCAAGUCCGACUCGCUGUACGCCGGGGCGCCCUCCAAGGUCGCACCCUACAGUGAGGACAAGCUCAAGUUCUGGAAGUCGAAGAUCGUCCCGAAGCGUGUCGAGGACAUCUGCCCCGACUUCGUCGUCCGCGCCUUCGCCGACCCCGAUCGGUACGUGCGGAAGCCGGACAGGGUCUUCUUGGCUGAUGCGGAGGUGCUCGACCCCAUCGUGCCCUACUGGGACCCUCACCUCGCUGGCUCGCCCGACGCGCGGGUCAGGUUCGUCCGCCGCCUGGCGGAGCGAGGCCUUGUCGGCUACCGUCGGCGUAUUCGUGCUCGCGUGGGCUGCUUCUUCGUCGAGAAAAAGGGUGGGUUCAUCAGGCUCGUGGUCGACGCCCGCGAGACGAACCGGACCCACUGGAGUCCUCCGCACGCUGCCCUCGGGACUCCGGCCGCGCUCGCCGAGCAGGACUGGUCGGACGCCGCCCUGGGAGCCUCCGACGCGACCUCGGCGCCCGCCAUCUACGGUGCCUCGCUCGACCUGGCCGACAGCUUCUACCAGUUCUGCUCGGACGCCCUCGCGGAGGACUUCGGGAUGGACUACCCCGAGCCCGCGUCGGUGUACGGGGCGACGCACGUCUGGGAGGGCGGCCGCUUCAUCCCCGUCGGCGCCGACGAGGUGGUGUUCCCCGCCUUUCGUGGCGUCGCCAUGGGCUGGAGCUGGGCUCUUUGGGUCGUGCACUCCUCGGUCACUUCGUGGGUGGGUCACGCGCUCUCAGGCGGGCCUGCGAGCCUCGUCCUGGACCGUCAGCCGCCGCGCCCGGCGGCCCCGGGCAGGCCCGCCGGCUCCGUCUACGUCGACAACGUGGGGAUCCUGGGUCUCUCCGCCGCCGAUGCCGCGGCGGGCCUGGCCAGCGUCAUGGAGGAGCUCGACCGCCGGGGCAUCGUGUACCACGAGGUCUGCGAGCCGUCCCUCGAGUUCGGUAUGGUGGGCGUGGUGUAUGAUGGCCUCCGUCGGACUCUUCGCCACUCCGACGAGCGGGCCUGGCGGCUCUACCUCGCCUGCCUGGAGCUGGAGCGCCCGGGCGUGCCCCGUGCUGCGUGGCAGGUGCGGGUCGUCCUCGGGCACUUCAUCCAGCACUGUCUCCUCCUGCGGCCAGCCAUGUCCAUCUUCCGCCACCUCUACAGGUACGUGGACGAGUGCCGGCUCGGGCCGCCUUCGCCUCUGCCGGGUCCCGCUCGGCAGGAGGUCCGUGUCUUCCGAGGGCUCAUCUUCCAGGCGGUCGUCGACCUCGCCGCGCCCGUGUCGGACAUCGUGCUCUGCUCCGACUCCUCCGAGGCGGGCUACGCCCUACACCGCCGGCGCUGCGACCCCGAGGCGGUGCGCCGACUCGCGCGCCUUCGGGAGCGCUGGCGCUUCACGCCCGACGAGAAGCGGCCCGAGGCCCUGGAAGACGACACCUACACGCCCGGCUGGCUUCCUGGCGCUGGAGGGGUGCUCGGUGAGGGGGACCCCAGCUGCGGCAUUGCGACCUGGGCCCCGCCACCGAGGAGGGCCGACGAGCGCCCCCACGGUACCGUGCGGGCUCGGGUUGCACAGGCCCCGCGGCGGGCGACCUUCGAGGACAUCCCCGACGAGCUCGUCGCCCCUGACGCCUGGUCGCUGGUCGUGGAAGGUGCCUGGAGGACGCGGGCGCCCAUCCACAUCCUGGAGGCCCGAAUCGCCCUCGCGGGGCUCCGACACGCCUCCAGGAGCCUCGAGUGCCACGGGCGCCGCGUCCUCAGCCUCGGGGACAACAUGGCCGAGGUGCUCUCGACCGAGAAGGGCCGCGCCGUCGACGUCGGCCUCGGCUCCGUGUGCAGGCGCAGUGCUGCCAUCCAGGUGGCCACCGGCAUCCGCUGGCGGCGCCGAUACCUCGACACAGAGAGGAACAUCAGCGAUGGUGGCUCGCGCAAGGCCCUGCAGGGGCUGUACCGCCCUGGACAGCGUCGCGUGGGGCCUGGCGCCGGCGCCGCGGGGGCUGUGGGACGGCCCGGUGCGGCCCCGCCCCCGCCGCCGCCCCUGGGGCAGGAUGCCGGCGCUGCGGGGCCGGCUCGGGCUGCCGCCGCCUUGGCGGCGCCCGCCGUCGCGGGGGCGGCCGCGUGGCGGCCACGCUGUCGCAGGCACGGGCUCCACCCGCCGCCGGCCGCCGCCCUGUCGAGGCUCGGCCGGCCGCUGGGGCCGGUGUGGGCCCAGGUCUUCUCGGGCUGCGGGCGCUGGACUGGUGCCCUGGCCCAGGCGGGCCUCGUCGUCGCGGCCCCCAUGGACAUCAAGCACGGGCCCUGGUGCGACCUCCUCAACCCGAAGGUCGAGUCUCAGGUGCGUUCCUGGAUCACCUCCCGGGCCGUCUGGUUCGUCCACUUCGGCACCCCGUGCACCCCGUGGUCCAUCUCUCGGCGAGGGGCUCGCGAGGUCUCCGCCAUCAGGGCGGCCCGUCGGUGCGCUCACGUCACGGUGCGUCUCUUGGAGGUCUGCAGCCGCUACGGGAUUCACUGGUCUCUGGAGAACCCCCAGUCCUCGGGCCUCUUCCGUUGGGCCCCACUCCGGAAGUUCUUGGACCAGCACUCGCGUUCCUGGGCUACCUAUCACUGCUGCCGGUUCGGCGCGCCCUACAAGAAGCCCACCACCAUCGUCUCAAGUCUGGGGGCCCUGCACGACAUCGGCCUGCUCUGCGAAGGGGGCCACAGGCACGAGCACUUGUCUGGGAAGGUACGUGUCCGUGCGCCCACGGGAGGGCUCAAGCAUCAGUGGAAGACCACGUUGGCCGGCGCGUACCCCCCGGGUGCCUGCCACCUCGCUGCCAGCAUCUUGGCAGCGGCAGCGCCGCGCGGCGCCAAGAGGCCAGAUGGUGCUCCACUACUCGAGGAACGAUGGCAGGCUGACCUCUGCCGGGCAGCGGGUUGCGACUUCGGUCCUCGGGCGCUCCCGUGCCCGACCUGUCCCUCGCGCUGGGCCCCGCUCUGGAGGUCGGACGCCGAGCAGUGGGGCGGCGAGGCUCCGGCCGAGGGCCGCGGGCCAGUGCGCCGGCGCCCCGCCGCUGCCGGUGCCGCGCGGCGGCCGCGCGCCCGGCGGGAGCCCGCUGACUACAACCCUGGCUUCCUCCGGCGCUCGAGGGUGACCGCCACGACCGCCGAGCGGUACCACGCCAGCCUGCACGAGUUCGCCGCGCAGAUGGGCCUGGACCCGGCGCGCUGGACCGCCCGCGACCUCCCUGCCGUGGACGCCGCCCUCGACCGCUUCCUCGAGGAGCUCUUCGUAGCCGAGCGGUCGCGGGGCGACGCUCGGUAUGCGCUGGCUGCUGUCGCCGACCACUUCAACGUCAGCCUCCGCCAGCCUGGGGUCCUCCCGCUCGCUCGCGCUGCCAUGGCUGGCUGGGGCAAGCUGGAGCCUGACUCGACUUCGGAUCCCCUCCCGUGGUCGGCCGCGGUGCUGAUGGCGUACCACCUGUCGCGGACUGGCGUCGAGUCGGACCUCGAGGCCGCCCGCGGCCUCGUUGUGCAGUUCGACACCUACCUGCGGCCCUCGGAGCUGGUGCUCAUGCCCCUGGUCGCGUGCUUCACGCCGGGCAUGCACGCUGGGGUUCACUACAACAAGUACGGGAUGGUCGUCGCGCCGUCCAGCCAGGUGGCCGGCCAUCUCAUCGGCAUCCGUACCAGCAAGACCGGCGUGCAGGAUGACACCGUCCUCCUUGAUGAGGCCAGCCGACCUGGCGUGAUCGGUGCCUUCGCCGCGCUCAUCCGCCAGGCUCGCCGUUCUCGCUCGCAGACGCUGCUCCCUAGCCACACGUAUGCCUCGUACAAUAAAGUGCUGCAGAGGGCCGCUCAGGCCGUAGGCAUCCCUUUCAAAGUCACGCCUCACCUCGCCAGGCACGGCGGGCCCAGCGAGGACUUCCUCCGCCGUGCCAGGACGCUGCCCGAGAUCCAGGCGCGCGGGCGCUGGGCCUCUUUCCGCAGCGUGCAGAGAUAUGAGAAGGCUGGCCGCCUCCUCGCGGCCAUCCGCAAGCUUCCGCCUGCUGUCCGGGCCGCCGCCUGCAAAGCCGAGGCUCGUGGACUCUCUUUUCUGGCAUGA